AUGUAUGAUGAAGGUCUGGUAAUUCCACUAAUUAAGAACAUUAAAAGACCUGUUGCAGAUGUUAAUUUUACAUUAUAUUACCCUUAUGCUAUUAUACAAAACAAUAUAUCUCUUAAAAAAUAUGUUUCAAAAGAUUCAACUAAUCAUCAUUUAAAUACUAUAAUUGAUAAUGCCAUUGUAUAUGAUAAAUUUUUACCAUAUGACAAUAAUAUAAAUAAAAUAGGUAUCAUGGCAUUUAUAUGUAAAGAAUUGCUAAAAAAUCAAAAUGAUGCAAAACAAAAAAUAAAAUUGUUCAAAAAUGAUGAAACAAAACUCCUAUACUAUACUUCAUUAUUAAAUGCAUUAAAAAUAUUUGCAAACUCUGUUUAUAGUGAGACUGAUUACAGAUAUUCACUAUUAUAUCAUGAGGAAGUUGUAUUAUUAGUUAUAGCAUUUUGUCAAGCAACAUUAAAGAUGAUGAUUAAUUUUGUAAGAGAACAAGGAUUUAUUGUAGUUUAUGAAGACACAGAUUCUGUAUUUUAUUCAUUACCAGAAUCAUAUUUCACAGAACUAAGUAUUCCACUAGUUUAUUAUCAAAAAAAGAAUAUUAGGAAGAACAGAUCAAAUUGA